AUCUCUUAGUUCAAUUCUCAAUUUUCAUGUUAUUUUCUCAUCUGCCAAACGCCGUCCUAGUUUCUUUUCUUUUCUUUUCCUUUUGAUUCUAUUAUUUUAUUUUGCUAGUACGGUUCCUUUUUUCCACUGAAGAUCUUCUCUCUGGGGAAUCUUUCCCCCCACAAAGAUUUUUUUUUCUCUCUCUCUGAAUUCAGCUGAAGUGAAAUUCUUGGUGUUUGUGAAUUUGUUUCUUCAGGUGUGAUGGCGGCUACUAUCAAGCAGAUGUCCAUCAUUGUGGCAACGCUUGGAACAUUGUCCUUCAUGUUUGGAGUAAUUGCUGAAAAUAAGAAGCCAGAUUCUGGAACUGCAAUUCAAGGGAAAGGUGUUGUAAUUUGCAAAUAUUCAUCGGAUCCUACUGUUGUCUUGGGGUAUCUGUCAGUUGCGUUUCUAGUUGCAUCUACUGUGGCUGGGUAUUUGUCUCUAUUUUACCCUUACAAAGGAAGAUCUAUUCCACAAGCUGCUUUGUUUCGAAGCACCAGCUUCCUUGUAUUCUUCAAUAUCGCUUUGGGUAUGGCUGGAUUGGCAGCAGCAAUGUUGUUAUGGCCAACAAUCACAGAGCAACUUCACUUGAUACGCAAUGUUCAUCACAACCUGAAGACUACAUGCCCCACUGCCAAGACUGGUCUCCUUGGUGGCGGUGCCUUCAUAGCCCUCGAUGCUUCCCUCUUCUGGUUGGUUUCCCUAAUGUUAGCUGACAAUGUGCGAGAGGACUACUUUGAAACAGUGGAAAAGGACCCUAAGGGUGAACAAAGCGAGGUUCUCACAAAUGAAUAUAGUUCAAAUGUACCUGUAAAGGGCAUUGCUUAAAAUGUCCCCUAUCCUGAUGGCCAUAACAACUUAUGUCUUCUUUCUGUUUGGGUUGGAAACGUUUCCUUCACAUAUUAUUAGUAUACUCCCCACUUAUUAGCAAUGAAGCAACUUAUGUAAUGGACCUCAAAUGUUUCGAAAUUUCUUUGUUUUGUUCACAC